GCCGUUGUGUGAUGUUUCAAAGAAAUGUCAUUUUCUACCGAACGAGAAAAAGUAAAGACAAAAGCCUGUGUAGAUCUUUUAAUGGUCAUGUGACCUAUCGAAUUACGUAAGCUUUAUUAAUUCAUUUGUCAUCUACCCAAACGGAGUUGAUAGGUCCGCAACCGGUAGAUGUCACAAUUUCACCUCUCCGUAGAAAAUGGGGAGACGAAGCGAUCCGAUGAUAAGUGAACAACUUCAAAGCACCAUUUUCUGAUAUAGUUUUUCAUGGGGAAUCCAAAGAAAAAAACAUUUCUUCCUUUACACAGGCUUUUGUCUUUACUUUUUCUCGUUCGGGCCUGAUAGAGCGUAUAGCCUGAUCGAGCAAAGAAUUCUGAGCUAAAUCAGACAUCUACCAGCAUUCUGUAGUUCUUUUUUGACGUAAAUGCAGUUGAUCUACGACUCGAUCUGGAUGUAAUACUAAAAAAUUACUUUACGACUAGCCACAAAGGGCGUGAAAGUUACCAAAAUAUUCCGGUGUAAAAGUACUAUAGAAUGCUGGAAGAUGUCUUAUUUAGCUCAGAAUUCUUCGCUCUAUCAUGCUAUAUGGUUUGUAACAUUUUCUGACCAAAAACUAAGGACUUUGUUUUCCAGCUGUCAGGUUUUCUAGAAACUCUAUUACCAACUUUUCUCAUAAAAGGGACGAUAUGCGCCUCAUCUGAUAGAAAAAUCUUCGGGCUAUUCAAAACAUUAUUCAGAUUAGUUCCAGCUUUUACUAAAAUAAAAAUUUUGAUCCUCUUUUGAAUUACGGGCGCCUUAUGUACGCAUUUAAUAGUUGUCCUUUUUCAGUUGAAAAGGUUUUUUCCAUUUUUGCGAUAGUGAGAGGAACUGCCUUUAUCUCUUUCGCUACCAAGCCACUUGCUUAUUUGAAAACUGAAUUCUGUUUUCUUUUCUAGUGGGACUAUGGCCAUCAUUGGGGUGGCCAUCACGGGGAUGGGCAUCAUUGGGGUGGCAGCGGUUUUCAAGGCGGUCACCACGGAGGCGGCGGCCACCAUGGAGGCGGCGGCCACCAUGGAGGCGGCGGCCAUCACGGAGGCGGCGGUCAUCACGGAGGCGGCGGUCAUCACGGAGGUGGUGGGCAUCACAGAAGCGCUGGACAUGGCAGGCGAAGUUAA